UGCCAACAAACAAACCCCUCAGAUGCCAAACGUAGCAUUACCCGAUCUAUCACUGUCUAAUCCUAACCCUAGACCGAAGAGAAGAGGACGAUGGCGAAGCACGCCGCCGUUGGCUGGGGCAACCACCACUUACAGAACCGCUGGCUUUUGGUUCUUCUACUAAUGCUUUCUGUUUCAACGGUUAUUGCCUUCUUCGUGAGAGCUGCCUUCGAUUCGUGUGAUCAGGAUGUUUCUGCUGCUGUUGGUGGUAUCGGCUCUGCUCGGCAUGUCAUUCAAGCCUCCGAGAAACGAACACCGCAGAUCGCUGCUGCAAAGCCGAGUCCGCUCAGUUUCAUGAAGUCGAAGGUCGUUCUGCUGGUGUCGCACGAGCUCUCGCUUUCUGGUGGACCACUGUUGCUGAUGGAGCUGGCAUUCCUAUUAAGAAGUGUUGGUGCCGAAGUUUAUUGGAUUACAAUUACGAAAGCAUCUGAAACAGAUGAAGUAACAUAUAGUUUAGAACAUAAGAUGAUGGACAGAGGAGUACAGGUUUUCCGGGCUAGGGGGAAAGAAGCUUUAGAUACUGCUCUAAGAGCUGAUCUGGUUGUUUUGAACACUGCUGUUGCUGGGAAAUGGCUGGAUGUUGUUCUUAAAGAAGACGUUCAUCGUGUUUUGCCUAAGGUGUUGUGGUGGAUCCAUGAAAUGCGAGGUCAUUACUUCAAAUUAGACUAUGUAAAGCAUCUUCCUUUUGUAGCUGGUGCUAUGAUUGAUUCACAUGUUACAGCUGAAUACUGGAAGAAUAGGACUCAAGAACGUUUGAAGAUCAAAAUGCCCGAUACCUAUGUUGUUCACCUAGGAAAUAGCAAGGAACUAAUGCAAGUUGCAGAAGACAGUGUGGCUAAAAGGGUUCUGCGUGAACAUGUUCGUGAAUCUCUUGGAGUGCUCAAUGAGGAUUUACUCUUUGCCUUAAUAAAUAGUGUUUCACGGGGAAAAGGCCAGGAUCUCUUUUUACGUUCCUUCUACGAGGCCUUGCAACUGAUCAAGGAAAAGAAAAUGCAGGUGCCACCAGUGCAUGCAGUAAUUGUGGGAAGUGACAUGACUGCUCAGACAAAAUUUGAAAUGGAAUUACGGGAUUACGUAUUGCAGAAGAAAAUUCAAGAUCGUGUUCAUUUUGUGAACAAAACUCCAACGGUCGCACCGUAUUUAGCUGCCAUUGAUGUUCUUGUGCAGAAUUCCCAGGCACGGGGAGAAUGCUUUGGACGGAUAACAAUUGAGGCCAUGGCAUUCCAGUUACCUAUACUGGGAACAGCUGCAGGAGGCACCAUGGAAAUAGUAGUGAAUGGGACUACAGGUGUAUUACAUCCUGUCGGAAAAGCUGGGGUUACACCUCUUGCAAAAAAUAUCGUUAGACUUGCUACUCAUGUCGAGAGGAGGCUUACAAUGGGAAAGAGAGGGUACGAAAGGGUCAAAGAAAAAUUUCUAGAACCACACAUGGCCGAGAGAAUUGCUGGAGUACUGAAAGAAGUGUUGAAGAAAUCUAAAAUCAAAUCAGGUAGACACCCGUCGCAACAAUGGGGUUAGAUCCGGUUUCAAUCAGUAUAGCAAUGGUGGCCCAAAGUACAGGCUAAAAUAGGAUGCAUUUUUCUUUUUCUCAUGGAGUUACACAUCUUUGGUUAUUUAUGGCCUAAUUUUUAUGUCUCCACUUUUCCUUUUAGGGAUGUAAAUUAUAUAUGUGCUAAGACAAUUUUCAGCCGUUGAUAUAGUUGAGAAGCUCAUUUGAAGGUACCUCUCUCCCGCAAGUCCACUACAAUACUUGUAAAUUUUAUCCCAAAACUGUGCUGCUGUACAAGCACCGAACUUAUACGAAGCCUUACCAUUUGGCUUAUUUUUAAUCAGUACGGUUGUUGAUGUGAAUUGGGCCAUCAAAUCCAUUGUCAAAUUAGGACUUUUAGAGUGUGGGAGGAAGGUGUUUGAUGAAGUGCCUGAGAGAGAUUUGAUUUCCUGGAAAGCGUUGAUUUUAGCAUAUGCAAAAAUUGGGGAUAUGGAAUCUGCAGGAGAAUUGUUUGGUCAGUUGCCUUUGAAGGAUAUGUUGGCAUGGACAGCGAUGGUUACAAGAUAUGCUCAGAAUGCUAAGCCUAGAGAGGCAUUGGAGUUGUUUGAGAGAACGCAAAACGAAAACAGCCGAGGUUACUUUUGUUGGAGUUAUUUCUGAUUGUGUGCAACUAGGUGCUGCAAAGUAAUCGAACUGGAUUCAGUAUAUUGUCGACUUUGGGGAUUAAUCCUGCUCGUUGUGCUUGUGGUGGGAUCGGCUUUUAUUGAUAUGUAUUCAAAGUAUGGAAGUGUUGAGGAUGCAUAUAAGGUUUUUGAGGAGGAAAAGAACGUGUGUUCAUAUAGUUCAAUGAUUACAGGGUUUGCUAUGCAUGGUGUGCUAGUGCGGCAUUGGAAUUGUUUCAGGAAAUGGUGAAUAAAGGGUUCAAAUCUAAUAAAAGUUAAAUUUAUUGCUGUACUUCCGGCAUGUGGCCAUUCGAAAAUGAUGGAUCAAGGUCGUCAAAUAUUUGCAACUAUGGAGGAGAAAUUCAGGAUUUCUCCCCGGGAGUUGAUCAGUAUUCUUGCAUGGUGGAUCUUCUUGGUCGACCUGGAUUCCUACAAAACGCACUUAAACUUGUAGAAACAAUGCCAAUUGAGCCUAUGGGGUCUUUGGUGGGCAUUGCUUGGAUCAUGCCGCUCUAAUUCUAAACCCGAUAUAGCCCAGAUCUAGGAAGUACGGGGAAGGCAUAGUUGUGCCGUUUCAAGUAGCCAAUACGUCCCCGGUACGGGGACGUGUCACGGUGGUAGGGUACGGCUCAAUGACGUCGGGGACGUUUCACUAAGACCUGGGGACGUUUCGGGGAGGACAUUUAAAAAAAAAUCACAGCACCACCGUAUUCCCCAUACACCCAAGCCUUCAUUUCGCUGUGCACGGCCGUCGAUUUGGCUGCUUCAGUUGCAGAAGCGGCUUGAGAACUCGCGCUGACCCUUGGUGGAAAUCGAGCGAAAGAAGGCGAUGAAGUGCCCUUUGGGAAUAAGGUGGUGCUCGGUGAUUUCCUUUUGGUUUCCUGAAAAGCUAAUGAGGGUUUGAAAGAAAGUGGCGGAGGAGAAGGGAAGGACUGGAGAUGGGAUGUCAGAAGUGUUGCUCUCAUUUUUUUCCAAAUGCGCCUCCAAGUGUCGGACACAGUGG